CCCUACCUCGGGGAAUUACUCCUUCCAGGCUGUUCUCUGUUUACAUUUUCAAAAAUCCAACAGGUUGCUUGUGCGUGCUUCCUUCAAUAUUCAAAUUCCUCGAACAGACCCCAAUCCAGUGAAGGGCAAGACAUCCCUCGCUCAUCCUUGCAAGUCUGAAACGAAAGAUCGAAUCGUUAAAGCCUGGGAGAAAAGUGAGUAACAAGACCGAUCUGGGAAAAAUGGAGGGCCGGAACACUCAUGUAACUGCAGAUUUUCAUAUUACAAACACUCCUAGAAAGCAACUUCAAAAAUGAUGAAGAGCUUGCUGUUGGCUGGAGGGCUUCUGGCCUCCUCUGUCGCCGGCCACAUCCAGAUGUCCAACCCCUAUCCAAUCCGCAGCCCGUUGAACAAGGAUGGAAGUGGACAAAAGGACUACUCGUACACAAAUCCUCUGUCCACGGAUGGCUCAGAUUAUCCUUGCAAGGGGUACGCCAAUGACCCGUUCACGUCUGUGGCAACCUAUAGCCCUGGUUCGUCAUACAAUUUAGAGUUGGAAGGUAGCGCGGUACACGGCGGAGGGUCGUGCCAAAUCGCUCUGUCCUACGACACUGGCUCGACGUGGAAGGUCAUUCACUCCAUGCUGGGAGGGUGCCCAAUUACCAAGUCCUACCAGUUCACAAUCCCCAGCGACGCUCAGAAUGGCGAAGCUCUGUUGGCCUGGAGCUGGUUCAACAAGGUCGGAAACCGUGAAAUGUACAUGAACUGCGCCCAGGUCACCAUUGGAGGCGGUGCGAACCGUGAGAUGACCACUGACCUUGUCCGUCGUGACUCCUUCAGCAGUCUCCCUGAACUCUUCCGUGCCAACACCGGUGGGCCCGCUGGGUGCAAGACCAUUGAAGGAGAGGAGGUCAACUUCCCACUGCCUGGGCCAUCAGUCGAAGGGUCUCUCAGUGGAAAGGGUUACGAGUGCUCUGGCUCGGCUCCCUUCCUCGGCGGUGGACACGGUACCAAUGCUGCUAAUGGCAUUAGCUCUGGUUUCACCUCCAACAACAACACGAGCUCUGAUUCUAGCUCGAGCACCUGCACCAACGGCUCCAUCGUCUGCGGUGCUGACGCAAACUCGUGGUCGCUGUGCGACAACGGUCAAGUCAUCCACAUGGGAACCGUUGCCCCCGGCACGCAGUGUCGUCACGGCGCCAUGCAGCGCAUUUCCUGA